AUAAGCUUCUCUGUUUGAGGCUGUGAUAUGGCAAGGAAUGGCUGGCAGAGUAAUCUUCCGAUGACACUGUAUAUACGUAGGGAGGUAGGCAACUCUCUCCCAAUAUUUGUGGAUCCGGGGUUACUUUGGACGGUAGUUAUGAUAUGAUGUGAGAUGGCUGUGCACUUUCGGUGUCGGUCCGCUUGGGAAGCUACUACUAUGUGUGAGUUCAGGUUGUGUAUAUAACCUACCCAUUCAACACCGCAUUAUCUCGAACAAAACCUCCUACACACAUAACCAAACCUCAACCAAAAACAACCCUCCCAUCAAAAACAAACUUCACACACCACCUCGGUCCAACGAAACCCCAGCCCAUCUAACCAGCACCAUGCGCUUCUCCACUCUCGCAACAGCCCUCACAUCGGCAACCCUGGCGUCCUCCCGCCUAAUCGGCAUCGCAGCCCCCUCAACGCUCGCUCCCAAGAGCACAUUCACCCUCACCCUCCUCUCGGAAGGCUACAUCCAAACCGUCGCCGACGUCGCCGUAGCCUGGGGUUUCUCCCUCGCCCCCGGCUACCCCGGUUCCCUUGGCUCUUUCAGCGAUUCCGCGUACCUAGGUGCUGAGAAGAGCAACCAGGGGCAAGAUAACGUUACUAUUACUGCGACGGUGCCGGAGGGAUUGGCGGGGGACGCGUAUAAAGGUCAGGAGAUCUUGUUGAGUGUGGGAAUCUAUUCGUUGUAUGGUGCUAGUGGAGGCGCGACGGUUACGGGGUUUAAUGUCUCGGUUAAGGUUGGGGAGGAGACGGGCGGGGAGAUUGUCCAGAGUGAGGGGCAGGCUUGGAUUCAGAACAGCGUCCAGUAGGGGGUGGAAUGCUGAACGGGAGUGGGGAUGAGGAUGGAGAGAUGGAAGAUGU